AUGACCAUUGCAAGUUGGCCUGGCGAUCAGUCCAAUGGCACUGGCGCCUAUGAGAACGGCGUGCAUGAGGCACUGCUGGCAGACCCCUCCAAAUUAACACAUCCUAUCAAGGAGGUUGCAGACAAGUAUGAGCUGCUGCCAGCCUUCCUCAAGGUGCGAGGACUGGUGAAGCAGCAUAUCGACUCCUUUAAUUACUUCAUCAACCAGGAGAUCAAGAAGAUUGUCCACGCCAAGGGCAAUGAGAAGGUCACCUGCGACACAGACCCCAACUUUUUCUUCAAGUACACAGAUAUCUUUGUGGGCCGGCCGCAAGUGGAGGAGGAUUACAUCACGACAGGGAUCACGCCGCAGGCCUGCCGUCUGCGGGACAUGACAUAUGCAGCGCCCAUCAGCGUGGAUGUGGAGUAUACCCGCGGCAAAGAAAUCGUGGUCCGUAAAGGCAAGAAUGGUGUCGGCGCUGUUGUCAUUGGCCGCAUGCCCCUAAUGCUCCGCAGCGACCGGUGCGUGCUCAAGGGCAAGUCAGAAGCCCAGCUUGCGGAACUAGGUGAAUGCCCGCUGGAUCCUGGCGGCUACUUUGUUGUGAAGGGCGCUGAGAAGGUCAUCCUGAUCCAAGAGCAGCUCUCAAAGAAUAGGAUCAUCAUCGAUCUGGACAGCAAGGGCCAAGUGACAGCCUCUGUCACCUCGUCCACCCACGAGCGCAAGUCCAAGACCAACAUCGUGCUGGGCAGGAAGGGGCAGCUCUGCCUGCGCCACAAUGCCUUCACGGAGGAUGUCAACAUGGUGGCGGUGUUGAGGGCGAUGGGGGUGGAGAGUGACCAGGAGAUUCUGGCGCUGGUGGGCUGUGAGCCCGGCCUGGCUGCACUGCUGGCUCCCACACUGCAAGAGGCCAAGGCCAUGGGCCUCUUCAUCCGCCAGCAGGCCCUCGAGUACCUAGGGAGCCGGGUGAAGGCAGGGAAGCAGCAGUACAGCAGCAGGCGCAGCCGCUCGAAGGUGGACGAGGCUCGGGACAUCCUUGCCAAUGUGGUCGUCUGCCACAUCCCUGUCCCCCAGUAUGACUUCCAGCAGAAGGUGAUCUACAUGGCAGUGAUGAUGCGCCGCAUGAUUGCUGCGAUGCUAGACUCGACGCUGAUUGACGACCGGGACUACUACGGCAACAAGCGGCUGGAGCUGGCAGGCGGCCUGCUGGCACUGCUCUUCGAGGACCUCUUCAAGCGCAUGAACAACGAGCUCAAGCGCACGGCGGACAACACGCUGUCCAAGGCUAACAGGGCGAGCCAGUUUGACGCGGCCAAGAACCUGCAUGUGGAGAUGAUCAGCCAGGGCAUGGAGAGUGCCAUCAGCAGUGGCAACUGGACCAUCCGCCGCUUCCGCAUGGAGCGCAAAGGGGUCACACAGGUCCUGUCGCGCCUGUCCUUCAUCGCGGCUCUAGGGAUGAUGACUCGCAUCACCUCACAGUUCGAGAAGACUCGCAAGGUGAGCGGGCCGCGCGCCCUGCAGCCGAGCCAGUGGGGCAUGCUGUGCCCGGCAGACACACCGGAGGGGGAGAGCUGCGGCCUGGUCAAAAACCUGGCGUUGAUGACGCAUGUGACCACGGAUGAGGAGGAGGCCCCCCUCGCGCGCCUGGCCCACCUCCUGGGCACUCAGCCUGCCACCCUCGUCUCCGGCUUUGAGUACAGCUCCCGGGGGGUGGCGAUGGUGUUCCUGAACGGCAGCAUCCUGGGCAUCCACCGGCGGCCCAAGCGGCUGGUGAAGGAGUUCCGGCGGCUGCGGCGCGCGGGGCGCGUGGGCGAGUUUGUGUCCAUCUUCCUGCAGCAGGACAGCGUCUACAUCGCGUCCGACGGCGGCCGCGUGUGCCGGCCCCUCAUCAUCUGCGACCGCGGCGUCCCCCGCGUCACCUCCGCUCACACCGCAAAGCUGAAGAGCGGGGAGUGGGGCUUCAGCGACUUCCUGCGCAACGGCCUGGUGGAGUACCUGGACGUCAACGAGGAGAACAAUGCGCUCAUAGCCCUGUAUGAGCGCAAUUGCGGUGUGGCGACGACGCACCUGGAGAUAGAGCCCUUCACGGUGCUGGGCGUGGUGGCGGGCCUGAUCCCCUACCCGCACCACAACCAGUCGCCGCGCAACACCUACCAGUGCGCCAUGGGCAAGCAGGCCAUGGGCAACAUCGCCUACAACCAGCUCAACGUCAUGGACACCCUGCUCUACCUCCUCGUUUACCCCCAGCGGCCGCUGCUGACGACGAAGACGAUAGAGCUGGUGGGCUUUGACAAGCUGGGCGCGGGGCAGAACGCGACGGUGGCGGUGAUGUCAUACUCGGGUUAUGACAUAGAGGACGCCAUCAUCAUGAACCGGGCGUCGCUGGACCGCGGCUUUGGGCGCUGCAUCGUGCUGCGCAAGUAUGGCACUGUCCUUAAGAAGCACCAGAACCGCUCCCAGGACACCGUCGUCGCUGCGCCGCUGCCCCCUGGCCAGUCAAAGCCGACGGGGCGGCACAAGCUGCUGGACGAGGAUGGCCUGGCUGCGCCGGGGGAGAUCGCGUCUCCGGGGGAGAUCCUGAUCAACAAGCAGGUGCCCAUGUCCACCAAGGACCCCCUGCCGCACGGCAUGGUCAGCCUGCCGCCCUCCGCCUACAAGCCUGCGCCGGUAUCCUGGAAGGGCCCUCCCGGCGAGUCCUGCAUCGUGGACAAGGUGCUGCUCACCAACAACGACGACGGCCACACGGUCAUCAAGACGCUGAUGAGGCAUACGCGGCGGCCGGAGGUUGGGGACAAGUUCAGCAGCCGGCACGGGCAGAAGGGGGUGGUGGGGUCGAUAGUGGCGCAGGAGGACAUGCCCUUCAGCGAGCGCGGCAUCUGCCCCGACCUCAUCAUGAACCCGCACGGCUUCCCCAGCCGCAUGACCGUCGGCAAGAUGCUGGAGCUCAUCGGCUCCAAGGCCGCCGUCCAAUCUGGCCGCUUCCACUACGGCACCGCCUUUGGCGAGUCCACCGGCCUUGCCGACAACGUCGACAGCAUCAGCAAGACCCUGGUGGAGCACGGGUUCAGCUACAGCGGGAAGGACCAGCUGACCAGCGGCAGCAGCGGGGAGCCGCUGGAGGCGCUCAUCUUUAUGGGCCCCGUGUACUACCAGAAACUGAAGCACAUGGUGCUGGACAAGAUGCACGCACGCGCAAGAGGACCCCGAGUGGUGCUCACCCGCCAGCCCACCGAGGGUCGGUCGAGGGAUGGCGGCCUGCGGCUGGGUGAGAUGGAGCGCGACUGCCUCAUCGGCUACGGCGCAUCCAUGCUCCUGCUGGAGCGCCUCAUGAUCUCCUCCGACCAGUUCCAGGUGCAUGUCUGCAACCACUGUGGCCUCCUGGGGUACUUUGAUGCGAACGUGGGCUGCGCAGUGUGCCCCAGCACAAAGUCUUCUGACGACAUGUCCACUCUGAAGCUGCCAUAUGCAUGCAAGCUGCUGUUCCAGGAGUUACAGUCCAUGAACAUUGUCCCAAGGUUGAAACUGGCAGAGGCCUGA